AUGAUCCAAUCAUUUCAUACAAACAAUUUAAGGACUAAAUGUUAAAGAGCUCCAAGCAAUUUGAAAGUAUUUACUAGAGUAAACCGAACGUGUUCCAUUGAUUAGACCUAUACUUAUUGUUCUCAAAUUUCUAUGAAAAUUAAUCUAACAAAAAAUAGAAGGAGCUAUUCUUGUUCAACUUAUGAUAAAGAUUCACAAUAUGGCUAGAAUUCUAAAACCAAAAAAAGUGGUAUGGAAGAAUUCUUCAAUAAAGAAAAGAAUUCUUUAAAUAGUAGUCAUAAGGGUAGUGUAUCGAAUCUAAAAAUAAACUAAAAAAAUGAGGGUAUUCUAAUUUACUCAACUGAAAAACAUUAAGUGGAUUUCUAAAAAUUUAUCUAAAAUUUUUAAUUGGAUAUCCUCUAAUUAGAGGCCUUAUACUAUUGGCUUUCAAGUUUUGGAUUUCAACGUUCUGCCCCUUUAUAAAUUCCUCCUAAUUUUUGUUACUAUAUUUAUUAACUAAUUUUGUACAGAAAGGAGAGAAAAAAUAUAUUGGCCUAAUACGUGGAUAUCUAUUAUUAAGAUGAAUAUAUUAAAUCGUUUACUAAAAAAUAGAGUAAAUAUUUAAAAGAUAAACUCAGAAAAUAAAGUAUAACAUAGGUUUUACUUGAUGAUAUAAUAAAUGAAUAACAUAGCAAUUAUUUUUUGAUUUUUGAUCAUUUUCGUGAAAAUAACAUCCUUAAUCAAUUAAAUCUGGAUUAUGAAAUUCUGUUAGAUGAUUUCUUUAAAUACUUUUAAUUAUCAAACCUUUAAAAAGAUAAAAUAGAAUAAUCAGUAAAAGAAGAUUAUGUGCUUAGAAAAAACAACAUAGCCUUUGGAAAUAUCAGAUUUGUUUUCAAAUAAAAGGAUGAGUAACUUAUCGAUUUUAAAUACCCUAUAGGGAGAUUUGAAAAUAGAUAAUUUUGUGAUUAUGCUUAAUUUUAGGAUGAGUUUGCUUAACUCUUAUAGAAUAAAGAUUCAUUUCAAAAAUUUAUAAAAUCUUAUUCUGAACCUCAUGGUGAAAGAACUAUGAUAUUAUUUCUUUUAGCAGAUAUUUUCCUUAACAUAUCAAUAAUUAAAAAUUUAAAUUAAGAUUUAGAGAUAUAAAAAAAAAUAGUAGUUAUUGAAAGCCUUUCAAAAAUCUACCUUGAAAUAACUACAGAAAACAGAGUUUGCAGUCAAUGCGUUAGCAUGUUUUACAGCAUCCCAGUUGAAUGCAUCUGUAAAUAAUUUCAGUAAAGUUGUGGUUAUAAUGUAGAUGAAAAAUUUUAAUUUAUUAUCAUCUCCUAAUUUUUAUUGGAGCCUUAAAUAGAAAAGUUAGGAGAAUAAUAUCAUAGGAUUUGGAAAAGAUAACUAUAAACUUAAGAAAUUUAAUAGUAACAAAUAAACCAACCAAAAAUAUCAAAUGAAAAAUUACAAGAAAAUAUUGAAGCACCACAAUAAGAAGAAACUCCAAUAGAAUUACUUGGUCAAUAAAAUCUAAACAAGCUAAAGGAGUAAGAAUUUUUUAUUUGCUAUGAAGAACAAUAACCUACAGGAUUAGUUUCUCUUUUAUUAUUAUAUGAAAGAUAUUGUAAAUAAAAUUAUGUUCAAUUUAAAGGAAAAAUUGAUCAAAUCAAAAUUACGAAUACAUUUUUCUUAAGUAUUGGAAAAUAAGAAUCCUCCUAAUAAAGUUCACACCCCAGUUAAUAAAUAUAAGCUUAAGAAUUCAUCCCCAAAGCAUAAAAGUAGUAUGAAAAUAGAUUGUAUCUUGAUUUAAUAUGUUAUCAGGAUCAAUUUGUGAAUGUUAUUAACACUCUAUCAAACAUUUAAUAAGAGUAACAAUUAUUAGUUUAGAAGGUCUAAAAAACUUUUAAAACAUAAGAAAAUCUAUUCUUAGAAACCAGAUCUGAAUUUUAUGCCUUGAUAAUAAAGAAAUUUACCUCUGAUUUUAGUAAGCUAAAUACCAAAUAAUUCAGUUUAUCCGCCAUCUUGAAUUUAUACUUGGAGAUUGGAUCGCUCUAAGCUUACAAAGGCGCUCAUACAGAUUUUAUUGAUUAAUUUAAGAAAGAAUUAUAGCUAAAGAGCAUAAUUGAUUGUGGAAACUUUAAUAUGAAAUUAUUUCUCUAGGAUUAUUAAUUCUUAACAGAAAAAAUUACUCCAUCACUUUAAGAGGAAAUUGAAAAGAAAAAAAAAAGUAAUAAAGAGUUAAUUAAUUUUUGUUAAGUGAAAAUUUAUGGUUUGGAGGAAUCUGGAGAAUUUUUAAGAAUUGCAAUUAUCAAAAAAAGUGACGAGUGCAAUUCUCUAUUAUUAUCAAUUUAUGAAUCAAUUGAAUCAAUAGUCAAGAAAUUUAAAAAUAUUAUAAUUGUGAUUUUAUCAAUAGAUGUGAUUAACUAAUAAUGCAAAGAGACAAUCAACAAUAAAAUUCUCAGUCUUUAUCCUUUUAUAAUUGAACUUAAAUACUUUUCUAUUAAACAAAAGCUAGACAAACAAAUGAUAUAAUAGGAUUCGUCUCAAAUCUCAGAAAAAGAAUGGGAUUUUUUAGAUAUUGAGUUUUUUAAAUAAAGGUAUUCAAAAUAAAAUGAAGAUUUAUUUCUAACUUAUGAAGAACUAAGUGACAAUAUAGAUGAAUAAUUGUUUAGCUUUAAAUGUUAAGUAAAUUUAUUAAUUUAUUACUUUUAGAUCCAUAAUUAGAAGUUGGACCAGUGA